GGUAUAUACUCAGCUUCCAUUUUUCUUUAAAUUCCAUCAUCCUUUCAGUUCCAUUCACAUUAAUAAACAGAGAAACAAUACGUUAUUUUUAGAUUUGCUUAAAAAAUGUGUGCUUGGCACUUUUGUGAUUUGGCUUUAUCAACUUGCCAGGAUACUGAAAAAUAGAAAAGUCACAAAUGUAAUUCCACAUAAUUGUAGAUACGAUAAACAAUUUAGAUAUUUUUGUCAACUUUACCGGAUAUGUUGAUACAAUUUUUAUGUGGGUUUCAAAAUAUUAUAAAUAAUAGUUGUAAACUUCAUCAAAUUACAAUUCUACUCUAAACGUCAAAUUGAGAAAAUGAUUUGGUACAUUUUAUUAUUAUUUUUCGUUAGUUUUGGUAAAGGUGCCAUUUUCUACGUAAGGGACAAUGAUAGGAACUCCGAUCCCUCUUACAUGGAAUAUUUUAAAUUACUGGGAUUGAGACUUGAUACAAAUUCAGAUAUAUUAAAAAAUGAUUUGAAUGAAGCCAUAUCAGCCCAAGUACACAAAAUUGGUAAUGGGAAAUAUGAUGAAUCACUAGAAGCGCCGAUGACAUUCAAUCUGGGUGUUCACAAAACAAAAGAUGGAUAUGAAAGCAGCGCUUCCGUCUUUUUUGAUUAUGCCGAAAAGUGCAAAUCGUUGGUUGGCACAAGUAUUUCUUCCAUUUGCAGGCUCAUUUAUAAAGGUAGCGAUGAUAACAAUCAUUAUCUUCCAAGAAGUUGUAAGGAAAUUUUAGAUCGUGGAUAUAACAAAUCUGGUAUAUACGAGAUUCACCCAUAUGCCAGCAAUAAACCUUUCUUAGUUCUUUGUGACAUGGAAACUAGAGGUGGCGGUUGGACACAUAUCCAAAAAAGAUUUGACGAAUCACAAGACUUUUAUUUGGGUUGGAGAGACUAUAAAUUUGGAUUCGGUGAUCUUGAUGGAGAAUUUUGGAUAGGUUUAGAAAACAUGCAUCAAAUGACAGCUUUCGAGGAGAACGAACUAUUAAUUGAAUUGACUGAUAGAGAUGGCAAAAAAGGGUAUGCUCAAUAUUCAGUUUUUGCGAUUGGCGCAGAAAAAGAAGGAUAUAAUCUUAAAGAUCUGAAAGAUUAUUCAGGGGAUAUUGGAGAUGCUUUGACACCGCUUAAGGGACAGAAAUUCACCACUUUAGAUGUGGAUCAAGAUGGAAAAGCAGGAGCAAACUGUGCAAUAUUAUAUGAAGGGGCCUGGUGGUAUAGCGAAUGCCACACGAGUAACUUAAACGGUAAACAUAUGAAUAAACCGUUGACAGAUCAAUACAAGUUUCACGGUCUCAAUUGGAAUGGAUUUAGAGGUCACGAUUACAAUCUUGCGGGUUCCAGAAUGUUAAUUCGACCAGCCAGUAAACAUUAAAUAAUCAAUAUCGUUGCUCAUACUAUUGUUUUUAUAUGUAAUAUACUUUUACAGAUUUAUAUUGUAUUCAAAAUGCAUCAUUUCAUUGUAAUGUGGAAUAUAUUACUGUGAUCUAAACCUUAUAUGCAGUAUAUUAAUUCUUAUUGAAUAAAACCACAUAAAGUUUAAA